AUGGCGGGGGGCGCGCCCGGUCCGCUCGAUUACCCCAAUGGCAUCGAUGAGGCAGCGGCUUUGCGGUAUCUGGAUGUGGAGGUGGCAUCGGAUCUGCGGCAUAUCUUCCAGGAGUGCGGGGUGCCUCUGCCUUUGCAAUACCGCUUGAGCAUCAACUUUCGUACUGUGAGACGCUUUGCGAGUUAUGCUGAUACAAGGGCGGAAGUUCGGGCUGCUCUUCGGACUGAUCACACUCUGGAUGCUACGGAUCAAGCUUCCCGGGCCGUGGUGGCCUCUGUGGUAGCUGCUUGGGAAGCUUCCAAGGAGUAUGCUGGCAAGGAGGCAUCUCUCAAGGCAGAAGCGCGGGUCUUAGGUGUGGUGCGGCCAGUGACCCAGACAGAGAAGCAGGCUAUGCGGGCAGCUUUCGAAGCUGUUCAUGGAUCCAUUGAAGAGACCUACGAGCCUUCGGAGGAGUACUUGUCAGCCAAGAUAGAGGAGGUCGAAUCUGGUGAAGUGGCGGCUUCACCGCUUUCGGAGGUGAUCUCAAAGAAGCGGGCCAAAACUCAAGGCAUUCAAACCAGUGUGGACACGACUGGACAUGUUCGCAUCGUUCGUCAGAAAGCCAAAGGAAGUCUGCCUGCUCAUACGGAGGAGCUCCGUACUGUCCUGCGCGUUGAGGCGAACAUGUGGACUUUCCUGGCUAGCAAGUAUCGGAACCAGGCCAUGUUUCGUGGCAUGACUCCAGCAGUGUGGCUCGACUAUGUCAAUUACUUGUUGGGGGACAAAGUCUACUUGAUGCAAGUCCCGACUCCCGGGGGAAAGGGCAAAGGUGAUCAACAACCACUUCGUCCUCCGUGGCAGGUGCUGCUCACAUACGAGUAUGAGAUGCGUCGCGAAGCUGUCAAGAAGGCCUUCCGUGAGUCGCGAGCACUGGUGGAUACAUUAGCAGAGGUUCAAGGGAAUGCUCAGUUGAAAGAGCAAUUCUUUGUGUCCCCCAUUGCGCUUCAAGGUCGCAGUGAGCCCGCCUGGAAACGUCCUUGGCAACCCGGUGGCGAAUCUGAAGCAGCCUGGGGAAAACCCUGGGACAAGUGGCAGAAAGGAAAUCGCAAGGGCGACUUUAAGGGUAGCAAGAAGGGCAAGGAGGCAAAGUCGGGCAAGAAGGGCAAGGACCGCAAGGGUGGUGAUCUUGUGACUCGCACGCCCGACAAUCGGCUCAUCUGUUUUGCUUAUAGUGGGGCCGGCUGCGACGGGAGCUGUGGCAUGGUACAUUGCUGUCAGGUGCAUGGUUUCACUUUGAAUUUGCGUGAAAUUGACAUUUGUCGGGAUGGAACUAAGUCUGACCUUUCUCAAAAGGCUCUCUGGGAUUCAUUGGAAAGGGAAAUUCGUUCGGGCGCUUGGGAUGUGGUGAUCUUGUCACCUCCAUGUUCCACUUUCAGUCGCGCCCGAUAUAGAUCUCGGCCGGAUGGCUCCGGACCCCGACCACUGCGCUCCCGCUUUCAUACGUUUGGUUUUCCUUGGUUGUCUGCAUCGCACCGCGCACUGGUGCAAGAGCAUAAUUUCUUCGUUGAGCAGUGUGCCGCUAUGAUUCAACUCAUGUCUUCGCUGGGGCAUUUCUGGUUGCUUGAACAUCCGGAAGAUCUGGGUCGUCUGCCCAAUGGCGAUGACCCAGCAAGCAUUUGGCAAUGGCCUCAGAUCCGGACUGCAGUGGGCGACGCCCCUUGUUGGGGCCUCCGCCAGUGCGAUUACUCCGCAAAUACUCCAAAACCUACUCGCUUGGCAUCGAAUCUGCCUGGGGCUCGCGUCUUUGGGUCUUCUUGGCCCUCCUUUCAGGAAGAUGGCACAUAUGCAGGGCCCAUCCUUCGGUGUGAUCACCAUCACGGACCGGGGGCUGGUUGGUCAUCGGGCCAGUGGCGCACUGCAGGUACUGAAGCUUAUCCAUCCCCGCUUUGUGCCUUUCUUGCUGACCUGGUUGCCUCGGCACUUUCUGCUUCCUUUGGCACAGAUGGUCCGGAACAGCAUGCUGCUGAACAGUUUGCUACGUUUCUCUUGCAACAGGACAGGCCCCCUGCGCCACACGAUGCUGAAGCGCUGAUAACCCUCUUGCCACUGGAGGCCCCGCAUGUCAGUGCUCAGACUGCGGCUGGGCAAGCCUUCUUUGGCGGGGCUUACUGCAAAGGGGGAGUUGUUGGCCUUCGUAGGUCCUGCCGCGAAUUCCCGGCCACCCUUCGGGUCCUCUGCGCUUUGCUCCGCCAUGCUUUUCCAGGCCAGAUCUUCUCUUCUGUUGCGGUCUUUGUGGAUGCCGCCACACAGAUGCAUCGGGAUUCACAUAAUGCCCCCUAUCCAAAUCUUCUGCUGGCACUUUCGACGUUCUCCAAUGGCCAGGUUUGGCAGCAGGAUCAGAAUGGGGAUGUCUGGCGCACGGUGCAUGGGACGCCAUGUCCGGGGAUCCUCUUGGAUGUCGCUCAGGCACCACAGCUUCUGCGAGCUUGGGAGCGCUUUCAUCAGACUGAACCCUGGUCUGGAGGUUCUCGGGUGGUGCUCGUUGGCUACUGCGUCCGCCAACUGCAGGCUCUUGAUGUGAGCUCGCUGUCCUUGCUUUCGCAAUUGGGCUUUCUGCUCCCGCCGUCAGUCACUGCUGGCGUUGCCCGGGGUGAUACAGCAGUGACCUUAACGGAGCCCUCGGGUCCUGUCGCCGAUGCGGGGACGCCCCUUGCAUCUAAGGAGGCAGAGGAAGAGAGUGAUGUCUUCGAUCAGGCCACGAGUCGUUGUUUUGGUCAGCCCAUUAAUUGCCGCAAUCACCCGAAAGGGCGCAUGUUUGUUGAUGGGUUCGGCUUGUGCUCUCCGGGGCGCUGGCGUCCGGAACAGCGAGGCAUGCUCUCAAGUCGAGAGGAGUGGCAGCAUGCUGAGCGGGUGCAAAGGGCGAUCCGGAACUUUGUGCUAGAGGAGGUUGGUGACUUGCGCAAGGCUGCUUUGCAACUGGCUGUCGGAAGGAUGAAGUCGUCCCCCUUUAGUGAACAGGGCGUGCAGCGUUUGAGGCAGCAGGUUGCAAGCAUGCUGCCAGACCCGGAUCUGGCUUUGCAGGUCCCAGAGCGCCAGCCUUUCUUGUUGCACUUGUUGUCGCAGUCCUUGAAGUUGCUGGGCGAUCCAGAUUGGGCAUGUCUCACACAAGGGGAGGAGUGCUUUGCGACGGGCGUGCCACUGGGUGACGAGGUCCCUUUGCCGCGUACGCCGCAGGUGUACCGGGAGCGUGUGAAGGAGCGGACCUUGGAUGUCACCCCUUUCCAGCAGAUCAUGAAUAACUAUGAGUCUGCGGAGCUUUCAGCCGAUAAGCUUGAAGAACAUUUUGCUGCGGAAGAGCGGGCCGGUCGCAUGAUCCCGAGCACGGAACCUGCCCUGCGGGCAGAGUAUGGUGACACGUUGCUGGUGGCAUCGAUGGGUGCCUUACUUAAACCGAAUGGCGACAUCCGUCCGCUGCACGACGGGACUCAUGGCAUUGGUUUGAACAAUCGUAUCAAGAUACUCGAUCGCUUGGAAAUGCCGGGGCCGGAUGAAAUCCUUGAGACGGUGGCUUUGGGGCAGGAAUCUAAAGAGGCAGUGUUCUGCAUUUCUGCAGAUAUCGCUCAGGCUCACCGCUUGACCAAAAUCCGCCGUGCCGAUUGGGCCAAGCUUGGAUGCAAGGCACGCAGUGAGGCGCGUACGGUUUGGGUAAAUACCGUCGGCACGUUUGGGAUUUCCUCUGCGGCCUAUCACUGGUCCCGCUUGUUCGGCUGCAUAGGCCGUUGGGUGCACAGGGUCAUGCUGACCGUUUGGCAGAUGCAAGUCGUGUUUGCGGAUGAUCUUCACCUCUUGACUGCUGGACAACACAAAUUCCUCACGAUGUGGAUGUGCCUGGCUGCCUACGAGUUGGUUGGCACGCCGUUUGCCUAUCGUAAGUUUCGGGGUGGUACUGUUGUGGAUUUUGUGGGAUAUGAAAUCUCAUACACUGACUGGAGGGCUGGCAUCUCCGAGCGGAGGUGCUCGUGGUUGGUCAAGUGGAUUCUGGAAGCCGAGCAGGCUGAUUGGAUCGUGGUGGGGCGGUCGGUGAUCGAGCUCGCUGGGAGGCUGUCCUUUGUGGCUCGCUUGCUGACUUGGAUAAAGCCAUUCUUGUCCCCCUUGCACUCAUGGUGCGCUGUCCUCGCCCGAGGCACGGCGGUUCGAAUGCCUGUGUUGGUUUAUCUGUGCCUGAUCUUCGUGAGGCGUCAGCUGCAGGAUCGUGGACGCUUGGUGCGGCCUGUUGUAGACUGGCGGGCUUCUCGCCAGGCCUUUCGCACCGAUGCCAAAUGUGCUCCGAAUCGUGUGGUCCUGGGUGGCUGGCUGUUGGGCAAGGAGGGAAUUGUCCGGAAGGCCCCUUGGUUCUCUCUUGCCCUUUCCCCGUCGGAGGCACCAUGGUUGUUUAAGCCGAAUGGAGAAUCACAGUGGGCCUCGACGGCUGCUGAGCUGCUUGCAUCGUAUGUCGCAUUGGUUGCUUUCGGGUUGCUUGAGGGUUCACGUGCAUUCGGGGAUACCUUUGAUGCUGUGCUGGUUGGUGGCACGGACAAUCAGGCGACCCCUCAGGCGCAGGCCCGGGGUUCUUCUGCCUCGUGA